AUAAUCCGUUAGGUGGCGACUCUUCACAUAGCCAAAUUUCCAAAAGGAAACGAGUUAUUCUCCCCAUGAAUGUCGAAAUCCGAACUUCACCAUCAAAAGGGGUAAAAAGGGGGUGCGACACAGAUUUUGCAGGUGACAAAACUGAUAGGAAAAGCACUAGUGGGACGUGUCAACUCUUGGGAAAUGCAUUAGUAUCUUGGCAUAGCAAGAAACAAAAUUGUGUUACCCUAUCAACGACUGAAGCAGAAUAUUUAGUUGUCGGAAGCUGUUGUACACAAGUUCUAUGGAUUAUGCAUCAACUUCUCGACUAUGAUUUAUCUCUUACCUCUACUCCUAUAUUUUGUGAUAAUACCAGCGCUAUUUGCUUAUCAAAAAAUUAUGUGCAUCAUUCUAGAGCAAAACAUAUAGAAAUUAAGCAUCAUUUUAUCCGUGAUCACAUUGCUAAAGGUGAUAUUGUGUUAGAUUUUAUUAGUACUGACUCUCAACUUGCCGAUAUUUUUACAAAACCACUUUUGGAAGAAAGAUUUUGUUUUCUAAGGAAAAAGAUUGGCAUUUUUCCAAAUUUGUAAAAAAAAAGUCUUUUUACCGUGUUAUGAAAUAUUUUAUUUCCUUAAGUAUGUGUGGCUUAAUUAAUUUUCGUGUAGGUGUAAUAAUUGCCUAUCCAUCAGUACUGCCGAUCAGUCACUUUAGAAGCACCACUUCCUUCUGAACCCGCCUUUUCCUUUAACCAAGGCGACCCUUCGUUCCUUCUAAAAGUACCGAUAAAAACCCUUCCAACCCUGCUACUCUUUCCAUUCCUAUCAAAUCGAACCUUCUCACCAUAGCCAAAAAAACCUCUCUUCAUCCACUGUAACUAGACGGAGCCGAAGGUUUCAAAAACCCCUCAAUCCUAAAGAACCUGUAUACCUGGAGUCGUCUCUUGACUUAGAUUUCCUCAAAACAGAUAAUAAGAGUAGUGAAUCUUCCAAAAAUCCUCCCAUUAGCCAGAAAAAUGCAGGCAAAAGACCUAUGGAGCAAACCCCCAAAAAGUCUGCAUGCAAGAAAGGAAAGGUAGAGAACACUAAAUUUGGACCUGAGGAUAAGUUAAUCUUUUAUGGCCCGGGUGAAAAAGCAAGGUUUGAGUCCUUCAAGUCAACAUCUAUGGCUUAUGGAUGCUCUUACAUGCUUGAAAGUGUUAGGGACAUAUCUUCCUCCGCUGCUUGUGUACCAUAUGGUCUACUCAUCUCACACAUUCUCGAAGUUAAGAAGGUAGACUUGGCACCCUUUAUACCCAAGCAUAUUUCCAGCACUUAUGAUAAGACAACCUUUUCAAUGAUGGGGUACACCUUGGGUAAUGAUGGAUGGGUUAAGCGCACCAAAGUUGAAAGUAUUACAGUGCCAGUUGAAGUUCAAACUGAACAACCAGCAUCUCAGUCGACUACCUCUCAAUAUCUUCAGCAGAUGCAAAAAUAUUUAGAUGAGGUAAAACAGCUAGUAGUUGAGAUGAAGGAACAAGUAGAUAAGAUCAGAGAAGUCACUAAGGAGACAGGUAUAGAUGUGGCUAAGAUCAGAAUAGAUAUAGGAGCUACGCGGAGACAAGGAACCAGGACAUUUAAUUCUAUAACUGAAAGAUGGAUAAGCUUGUCAAAGAUGUCGAGAAUUCAUAUGACUCCUUCUGCACCAAAGUGAUCAACACUCUCAAGUACUUCCUAGGAAGAAACUAAUGUGCAUUUGUGUGAUGGUGUCCAAAAACAAUAUUUUUUUCUUUUCUUGUUUUUUGUUCACUUGCUGGUGGUUCUAACAAAUUUUUCUUUUUGGGUCUGUAUAACCUAUGCCUCUACUGAAGGCAUUAUUUUUGCUGCACUAUCUCGCUAGUUAUUAUGUAUACUACUUCCUAUA